GGAGGUGAAGUACGCAUCGCCGAAGAGGAGGGUGUGGUGACCCUUGUAAGAUUUGAAGUCUGAUGUAGCGGUCAGUGGGCGGUAUGGGGUGUCAAUCAGAUGAGGUUCUGCAUACUAAAAAGCUCGAGUCGGAUGAGCUUCCCCAUUUUGCGACAGAGGGGUCGCGCGUUGCUGCGACCGCGCGAGAAGACGGAUUCAGAAAUGCAGAUAUCGGAUGCAGAGGAAAUGGAGGAGCUGCGCCCACCACGGAAUGGGGAGAAGGCUGGAUUAGCCCGGGCUGCACGGAGCAAGUGUGGAGGGGCUCGCGCAGCAUUCACUACUUUGGUUAUCUCGAAGUCGCGUCACGGACGGUUGAUUGAUUGGGGGGGCGGAAGACGCGCUGCGGAGAGGGUCACGUGGCUGUCAUAUUUACUUCCACUCAAGUCCCUUGUAUCGACUCUAGUUACUACGCCUAUCCUCUACUUACUACGCUUAUCUCUUUCUUGAAGGAAGAUCUUGCUUAGUGCUAGUUUUGAAUGCUAGUUUCUACAAUAUGUACAUGGUAGUAGUAGGAGGCGGUGGGGCUAAGUCAGAAUGCAGCAGCCCC